UGGCUGGAUGAGGUGGAGUGUGAGGGGAAUGAGACGUCCCUGUGGAGCUGCUCUUCUUCAGGCUGGGGAAAACAUGACUGCAUACACAAGAAGGAUGUAGGAGUCGUGUGCUCAGAGUUUAAAGAGAUCAGGUUAACUGAGGGCUGUGAAGGGAAUCUGGAGGUUUUCUACAAUGGAUCCUGGGGUAAUGUGUGCUGGAACCAGAUGGACAGAGAAACAGCGAGUCUGAUCUGUCAAGAGCUGAACUGUGGAAGAUCUGGUGUUUUGUCUGAUUCUACAGCAAGAGUGAAAUCAGCUCCUAACUGGCUGGAUAAAGUUACAUGUCGACCACAUGAUUCAUAUCUGUGGCAGUGUCCAUCUUCACCCUGGGGACAGAAUGACUGUGAUAAUGAUGAAGUGGCCAAAAUCACCUGCUCAAAGGAUAAGAAUCAGGAGUCUCAUCGUAGUCUUCUGACAUGUUCAAUCUCACCAUCUCCUCACCAGAAACAGUGUUCAGAUCAUGUUCCUCUCAGACUGAGUGGAGGG